UUUGUCACUAUUUGUGCAAACUUAAAUUCUCAACUUAAAACUCCCUCAUUUUAAACUCCUAAUUUUUCUCUCUCUAUAUACUUUCUCUCUCUAAAAUCCUCUCUUCCUUACAAAAAAAAAAGCCAUGGAAAUUCUACUUUUUUGCAUGGUUAUUAUCGUAAUUACCUUAGUUUCUAAUUAUGGUAAUAAUAAUAAUAAUUUUAUCAUUAUUACUGAAGCUGCUCCUCCUAAUUCUCUCAUCACUCAACUUCCUGGAUUCUCUGCUCCUUUCCCUUCUAAGCAUUACUCAGGGUACAUUACAUUAGACGAACACCGGAGUAAUCGAUCGACACCUCCGAAAAAUCUGUUCUAUUAUUUCGUGGAAUCGGAAAGGCGGCCGGAGAAGGAUGCGGUUGUGUUAUGGUUAAAUGGUGGUCCGGGAUGUUCUAGUUUUGAUGGGUUUGUUUAUGAACAUGGACCAUUUAAUUUUCAGGCUGGGAAGACCAAGAAUAGCCUCCCUAUGUUGCAUCUCAAUCCAUAUAGUUGGUCCAAGGUAUCGAAUAUUAUUUAUUUGGAUUCUCCCACGGGAGUGGGACUGUCUUAUUCAGAAAAUCAAACCAAGUAUCAAACCGGUGACGUACAAACAGCCCGUGAUACUCACAAUUUUCUCUUGAAGUGGUUCAAGCAAUAUUCGGAAUUCAGAAGAAAUACAUUUUACGUAGCUGGGGAGUCAUAUGGUGGGAUUUACGUCCCAACCCUUGCUGCUGAAAUAGUAAAAGGGCUUAAAGCAAAAGUUCAACCCACUAUCAAUUUCAAGGGAUAUGUGAUAGGAAAUGGAGUAACAGCAGAACAGAAGUAUGAUGGUAAUGCAUUGUUGCCAUUUGCACAUGGGAUGGCAUUGAUAUCAGAUGAUCUUUACAGAGAAUUUACAAGCAGUUGUGGAUUGGACAUAGAAAAUAAUGGCGUUGCUGCUUGCCAAGGUUACAUUAAUAAAUUAUACAAGGCUAUACAAGGCUUAAAUGUGUAUGAUAUUCUUGAGCCAUGUUACCAUAACCCAGGAAAUGAGAACACAAAGAAUUUAAGCUUGCCUGAUAGCUUCAAACAACUAGGGUUAACAGACAAGCCUCAUCCUAUAAGGAAAAGGAUGUUCGGCCGCGCUUGGCCGUACCAAAUGGUGGUCAAAGACGGUCUUGUUCCUUCAUGGCCCGAGCUUAACUCGUUACAAAAUGAUCGCCGAGUUUCUGUUCCUUGUACCAGCGAUGAAGUUGCGGCUGCUUGGUUAAACAAUGAGGCAGUUAGGAAGGCAAUUCAUGCAAAACCGGUAAAUAAGAUUGGUGAUUGGUCAUUAUGCAUGUCAUUAGUUUUUAAUCAUGAUGCUGGAAGCAUGAUUAAGUACCACAGAAACCUCACUGCUCAAGGCUACAGAGCACUAAUAUACAGUGGAGAUCAUGAUUUGUGUGUUCCUUACACUGGUACACAAGCAUGGACUAGCUCCCUAGGGUAUCAAGUUCUUGAUGAAUGGAGACCUUGGAUGUCCAAUAAUCAAAUAGCAGGGUACGUACAAGCAUACGAUCACAAUCUUACAUUUAUCACCAUUAAGGGAGCAGGACACACGGUUCCGGAGUACAAGCCGAGGGAGGCGUUAGAUUUUUUUAGCCGAUGGUUAGAAGGAAAGCCUAUGUGAUGGAAAAAAUACUAUCGAAAACUAUAGUAUAAUUUAAAUUUGGGAAAAAACCCAAAUGAAAUGAAACAAAGAUUUUAGGGUUUGUGCUUAAAUUAUAUAGCUGCAAAAUUCCACUUUGUAAAGAAAAACAAAGACAUGUAUCUGCAGAUUUGUUCCAAAAUGGAAGGAAUUAGUACAUUUCUGAUA